UACWACGCCCCCUCUUUUCGAUCUGCAUCCAUCGAUCGAUCAGUAAGGACCAAGGAGUCGCUUCGUUUUUCGUCAGGUCAUCUUCUAAGUUUCUCGACUGUGACUUCUUUAUUAUCUCUUAUUUCGUUCGAGGGAUCGAAAACAAAAUAAGAGAGAAAUCAUGGCGGAACACUUGGCGUCGAUCUUCGGAACGGAGAAAGAUAGGGUGAAUUGCCCCUUUUACUUCAAAAUCGGCGCUUGCAGACAUGGCGAUCGGUGUUCGAGACUUCACACGAAGCCGAGUAUAAGCCCUACUUUGCUGCUUUCGAACAUGUACCAGAGGCCUGAUAUGAUUACUCCCGGAGUGGAUCCCCAGGGCCAGGCCAUUGAUCCUCGCAGGAUCCAGGAGCAYUUCGAGGAUUUCUAUGAGGAUCUAUUUGAGGAGCUGAGCAAGUACGGUGAGAUUGAAAGCCUGAAUAUCUGUGACAAUUUGGCUGAUCACAUGGUGGGUAAUGUCUACGUUCAAUUUAGAGAGGAAGAGCAUGCCGCCAAUGCACUUCGCAACCUUACCGGGAGGUUCUAUGCAGGGCGUCCAAUUAUUGUUGAUUUUUCCCCAGUCACAGAUUUCCGUGAAGCCACAUGUAGGCAAUACGAGGAAAAUACUUGCAAUCGAGGUGGCUAUUGCAACUUCAUGCAUUUGAAAAUGAUUAGCAGGGAACUGAGGCGGAAGUUGUUUGGGAGGUAUAGGCGAAGGCACAGUCGCAGUAGAAGCCGAAGUCCCAACAAACAUCGGAAUUAUGAGGAGCGUUCACAUGGUGGUCGUGGUUUUGGCAGGCGGCAUGACAACCGGGAUCACCAUUACCCUGAUAAUAGAGGUAGGAGGCCUAGGAGCCGAAGCCCCGGAUGGAAGAGGGGAAGAAGCAGGAGCCCUGGGGGUAGGAGAAAUAGGAGCCCAGUUAGGGAAGGUAGUGCUGAGAGAAGGGCUAAAAUUGAGCAGUGGAACAGGGAAAGAGAACAAGCUGAAGCUGGUAACAAGGAUAACAUUGAAAGUGCUCCCAACAACAAUGAAAGUAAUGGAUAUGAUGAAAAUGGAGGGGAGUACUACAAUGAGCAGCAGCAACAGCCACCGCAGCAAGGAACAUAUCACUACUGAUCUAUAGUUGUUAUUCUGGUGGUGUGCAGGUUCACAGUUCUGUGAUAUGGAAAGUAAAACCCAUUGUUUCUUCUUUCCACGAACCACCAUAGUAUUGCCCAACUUGUGUGUUUGAAUGCAUGUUUUGUUUUGUGUAUACUCCUGAGUUCUACUUUUAACCACACUAGAAACCCCAGCAAGGCUAUUUUCCCUUUCUCCCAAUAAGUUCCCUUCACCUUUUUCUUUUUCCUUUUUUUUUACGUGUAGCUGGAUUGUAUAUUUAUAGAUAUCAUGGGACCUUCCCGUGAGGCUUCCUUUGUGGGAAGUGGGUUCCAAGUUAAGGGUUACCCCUGUAGACUGGUCAGACAUCAAGGUGUGAGUCAAAUAUGAGGUGCAUGCAUUGUAUAAGAUUUGUGGUAAAUUAUAGGAAGUUAGGAACAUAAACCUCAUUAACCUUAGUUUAUUAAACUAGUAUUCCAUUUUUUAUCAUGGAAGUAAUUGGCAGUUGGGAGUAAAUUUGGGAAGAGAGAGAGAGUGAGAGAGGAGGAAAGUAGGAGAAUUGCCUAUUGGUACCUGUUCUACAGUUAUGGCUAUUUCAGAACUAUGUAUUCAGCUUUGUGUGGCCCUGCUUAAUAUAAUAGCAUAGAUACAUAUCUCAGAUUCUUCAAAUCAUACAAGUAUAUAUUUUAUUAUAUCUUUCACUUAAUAAUUCAUAUAAAAAAAUUCACUUACCAUUCUACCUCCACUCAUUUUUAGUUAGUUUCAUUAAAUAACAAGGUGCUUACAGAGACAGGUCUUCUAUAUAGGGAGGUCCUGACAUUUACCUCAAAUUUAUUAAAGUGAUGGUUUCGGAGUAUCAAUUAAGAGCAUGUUAAAUACCAGCUACUCUUCUAUCGGAAGUAUUUAACUGUGUUUCUUUGGUUUUCUCAUUCAAUUAAGCUACAACGUCUCUGCAGAAAGUAAGUUUUAAUGAAGAAAGCUUCAGAGUUUUCUUAAGAAAAUCCCAAGGUGUCAUAAGGUGGAUGAGACCUACAAAAAAAGAUCUUCAACCCAAAAGUUUUCAUUUAAAUGACAGCUAUAUUUUUUCCUUGUAAAUUAUCUAUAGUGCAAGAGAAUAAGUUCAAAAGGUAAAAUGGGUGGAUAGGCCUGUAUUGCUAUUUUAGAAAGGACACCUGUUUUUUCUUGCCAAUCAACACCUUUAAGAUAUUUUUUCAAAGAUUUCUAUUCUUUCAUGUUCUUUUAGUUUCUUUCAAUUUCUUAUGUUCUCCUGACAACCAAAUUGAACCUUGCGGUGAACUAUUUGGGGGUGAAGAAUGCUUUUAUGGUUGCCUGCUUGUAUCUCUGUGUUCAUGUCUACCAUGAUUACGUAACCAUUCUCUGUGACUACUGCACAACCAGGAUAGCAAAUUAUCAGGUUUCCCAUGGGUCUUACUCUAAUAUGGAGUUUAUCUUCAUAUGUUCUUUCCCAAAAAGGUCGUGAACUUACGUACUUUGAGUUUUGCAGGUUCAGGUAUCCUUGCUCAGGAUCCAGCCUCAUUUUUAUGGCAGCUUACCAUGAAAUUUGUUUACAGGUUGGGUUGCAUUGCCAGCGGAGUGAGAGUAGACAGGAUUUACAGAUUGCAUGCAUGGUACAUCUUCAAAAAAGCUCAGUGAACCUCCAACAAAAUAUAUGCCUGGAAGUGGAAGGUAAGGCCUUUGUUGUACGUGUACAUCAUUUUAUAGUAGUUUGCAGGUUCUCUCCGGAGGAAAACUACGUGAAUCCUCAUCCACAUUCAAACUAGACUUUUGGGGUUGAAUUUUGCACUUGACGAUUUGUUGUUAAAUCCAUUUCAGACAUUUUGAAAUUUAAAGUACUUUUGUUGCUUUACCAUGC